CGAUGUUUUGAUGCGUAAUAAUUGUAUAAAAAAUAUAACAUUUUUAGUGGUAAGGAAUGGAAGGCGGAGGUUCUGGUGGCAGGGAGCCACCUGAAGAAAAAAGGCCACCCAAAGAUGUACGAGCACUGCUACAAAUGUGCAUGGAAGUGCAGAGUGAAGAUAAAAAAGAUCAAGAAAAUGUUGCGCAACCGAUGCCAGAAGAUCGACGGCAGUGGUUGGAGAAUGCUAUUACUGACUUGACAGUUAGCCCAGUUGAAAGAAUGAAGGCUUGCUUGCUAAUUCUGACUUCACCAGACAGUACAGAGAAGAAAAUUAUAGCAGCGUUAGAGGAAACAGCAGAAUGGUGUGAAACGAUAGAUUUUGCUUCUGAUUUCUACAAGAUUGGUGGAUACCCUGUGAUAAAAAUAUUAUUAACACACAAGACACCAGAAAUAAGGUGGAGGACCCUGGAUUUAAUAGCAAUAUUGGUCCAGAACCAUCCUUUCUGUCAGAUAAAGGCAUUAGAAGAAAAUUGGCUAACUCUAAUGCUAGAUAUCCUGGAUAAAGAUGAAGAUCCAAAUGUGAAAAUCAAAGCUAUGUAUGCCGUAUCAUGCCUUGCAAGAGACAAUGUUGAAGCCCAGAAAGUUUUUGAAAAGCAUGAUGGUUUCUCUGUUCUGAUGAGGGCCAUGCAGACAGAUGUAGAAAAACUUAGAAUUAAAGCAGCAUUUAUGCUAUCGGCAUUAUGUGCUAAGAGGCCAGAUUUUAAAGAUGUGAUGUGUGAUACUGGAAUGAUUGACCAGCUAGUUGGAGUUUUAAGUGAAGAGCAUAAUUCAUUUCAUGAACACAACCUAGCUGCCCUUCUGUCUAUAGUAAUGGACCAUCAGAGAGCAAUAGAGGAGUGCCAGAGACCUGAGCUGGAGCUUGAAAAGAAGUUACGGGAACGGAUACAGUUUCUGAAGGACAAGGAUGAAUUCAGGGAGGAAAGUCAGUAUGCGAAGGAAUUGCUGAAAAUAAUAUCAACUGAUGACGAUGAAGUUCAAAGGUGAAUACCAGAAAAGAAAAUGGCCAGAUGAAAGGGGGAAAAAUGACCCAGACUCGGAUUGACAGAUUGCUUUUCCAGGUUCCUUUGCAAAAGGGGACAUACAUGUUGUUCACCUGUGCAUCUGUUCGUUUAUGCAUGCAUCAUAUUUUUGAAAGUCAUAGUAAGAAAAAGUUCAACCUCUUACGGUCAUACUUGCUACUGGAAUAAUGGGAGAAAAAUCUUGGUGAUUUUUGGGUUAAGAGGUAAUGCAUGUACCACAAAUCAGUAAUACGAUCAUAGACUGUAGUCACCACUUUUAUUCAACCUACAGAAAUUUAUAGUAAACUUGGGAAGAAGCUAUUCUUGUUCUACUUGACUGGGUAGGAAUAACCCGCUAAUGAUUUUCAGAUGAAGUAAGAUUUUUUAGAAUUGUUUCCAUUUCAAGGAAAUCUGGUUGAUAUGCAAUGGACACACUGUGUUGUGUCUGCAUCACAACUUUGUUCCCCCCCAAUUUAAAGGCAAACAGUUCACAUCAUAUUUCAAUAUACCUAUAUCUUUAUAUCAUGUUUAAUCCCAGUCCUCAAAGAAAAAAAAGUAUUGGGUAAGAUUUUGAGCUUGUCAGUGAAAUGAAGUGCAAUUAUUUAAAGACAAUAAUUUAUCCAGUAUUGGUGAAUGUGAUUUUAUUGUGUAUAUUUCAAUCUAUGUGGUAUAUAUAUAUAUAUGUUAAUGUAUUGUAGAAUUUUUAAUGGCUUGUCAGAUCUGAAAUGCUAAAAUAGGUAUAUGUAUGUCUGGAAUACUGUAGACCAACUUUUAUUCAUGUGCAAGAAAUAUCUGAUAGUCUUGGGACCUUAUUUUACUUGCUAAUGUUGAAACCAUUUAGGGAUUUGUCCCCCCAUCACUGGCUAGAGAGGCUCAUCUCGAACUUCUUAAUAGUAAAAUAUAUCUAAUCCAGACACCACUGUUUUUAGAGAAAUUGGCUGGAUUAGACAGCAUUCUGGAUUAGACAAUUCAAUUUUAACAAAUUGAAGUUAUUGAAAGGGACUUGAAUUUUGCAUCAUAUUAGGCAAGAUUUCGGAAUACACAACUUCUGGAUUUGGCCAGUUUCACUAUAUUAUUAGUGUAUUUUUAUAAAAUAUUUCCUCAAUAAUGAAAACUAAUAUCCUGUCAUUGCAGACAGAUUAGAGGCUGAUGAAUUGCUAAUAUUAGUGGUUUAUAGUUAUGUAUUUUCACUACUGGGGUACUUACUUUUUCAAAAUGGCAGCAUUGCAGUCUUAUUUGAACAAUACUAAAAUGUAGGUCUCGCAAUAUUUCAAAGAAGCAAAAAAUAAUAAUUUCAUAGCAAAUAACCAUAUUUGCUAUUGUCUCCGUCCCCAGUGAUAAAAACUUUGCUUAUAAUUAGUGUCUAAAACAUCUCUCUAAAAAGAGGCGAGGAAUCAAAAAAAAAAAUGAGAGAUAGCUGUCAUGGCUGGGUUGGAUUGUACCCCAUUUUGCCAAAUAUAUUCCAUGUCACCAAGGUUCCAAACAUUGAACAAUUUAUCUAGACGAUAAAUCCCUAUAAUGGUUAGUGAAGCUCUUAUCCUAACACAAUAUAUCAACUUUUUUAAUAGGUAAGCUAUAAGAAUGCUUUUGGCACAGGAAACUGAAGCUCGAUCAUGAGCCUGUUACUAGUGUUAUAUACAUCUAUUUAUGAAUGAUUAUUUCAUCGAAACUGUUUUUCAGUGAAUAAAUUUUUGUAAAAA